AACUGCGCAUGUGCCUAACUACUUCACCACAACAAUACCGUUUUAGUACCUAGUUACUGUACAAACUGUAUAAAUUGCAAGAGACAUAUCGCGUGUGUAGCAGGUGUGCGCGGCGGCUUUUCGUGAAAGAAGGGGGUUUAUCGUUUUACGUUUUGGGGUUUAAUUCCAAUUUUAUUCAUCACACAUUUGUGUUUACGGUGUCGGACAUGUUAACUAAGUUAUUGCACAAUGCGUUGAAACAAGCUCAACUGCUGUCAGGAGUCAGAAACACACUGUCACUAUGGAGUCACAAGACGUCGGUCCGCGCGUGUGCUGCACGUUCAGCAACCUUUCAGUCACUCGAAGAUGGUCUCGAGCUCAACUAUGGAGGUGCGCCGAUGCGUUUUAACUACGUGUGGCUGCGGGAUCACUGCCGCUCAGCCUCUUCAUACAACUCCAGCACCAACCAGAGAAACCUGGACACUGCGAGUAUAGACCUCACCAUCCGCCCUGACAUUACAACUGUGGAAGAUGGCCAUUUGAUACUCACGUGGCCUGGAGGUCACGUGUCAAAGUACAGCCUUAGCUGGCUAGCUGAGAACAGCUAUGAAGGAAAGAAGCAGAGCACCAUCCAGCCACGCAUCUUUUGGAAUUCAGACAUCUAUAAAAAUGCAAAUAUACCCUCUGCCAAAUGGGACACGUUUAUGAGCUGUGAUGACGAAGUAAAGAAGUUUCUUCAAAACUAUCUUCUGUAUGGGAUCGCUUUUGUAGAUGAUGUCCCAGCUACGGUCGAGGCCACAGAGGCAGUCACCCAGAGAGUCAGUCUUAUCAGGGAGACUACCUAUGGAAGAAUGUGGUGUUUUACUUCAGAUUUAUCCAGAGGAGAUACUGCCUAUAGCCAGCUGGGCCUGGACCGUCACACUGACACCUCUUACUUCCAUGAACCAUGUGGAAUCCAGGUGUUCCACUGCCUUAAGCAUGAGGGAACUGGGGGAAGGAACUUACUUGUGGAUGGGUUCUACGCCGCUGAAACAGUACGGCAGCAAUCUCCUGAAAACUUUGAGCUGCUUGCACGUUCACCCAUUAGGCACGAGUACAUUGAAAGCUCUGACAACCACCAAAACCACAUGACAGGCUUCGGCCCCUUGAUCAACGUCUAUCCUUGGAACAAUGAAAUGUACCUGAUCCGAUACAACAACUAUGACAGAUCAGUGAUUAACACAAUUCCCCAUGACCUUGUUCAGCCAUGGUACGUGGCACAUCGAGAGUUGACAAAAGAACUUAGGCGGCCAGAGAACGAGCUGUGGGUGAAACUGACUCCAGGGAAAGUCAUUUUCAUAGACAACUGGCGUGUCAUGCAUGGGAGGGAGUCUUUCACCGGCCUGAGGCAGCUCUGCGGAUGCUAUCUGACCAGAGACGACGUCCUCAGCUCUGCACGCUGCUUCGGUCUGCAUGCCUGAUCAUAGACAUUCACCUUGGUGCCUUAUCGUUUUGACUAUGUUGUAGUAAAGAUGAAACAGCUCGCUGCUGAGGUACAGAGAUGGAGAAAGUGAUUCAAAUAUUCCUAAUAACACCACGAAGUCAGGAUUCAAAUAAAAUAAAAGGGUUUAAUCUAUAUUCUUGCAAGAAGGAGCCGAGUUAUUCAUACGAAGAUGAUCAAAAGGUAUGAAUUUACAGAGAUCAAAAGGAACACAUCUAUUCAGAGAGAUCGUCUUUGAUGUUUAUUACUUGUUUACAGUGAGUAACAGAUGUGCUGAUCCAUCACCUGAUGACUGUUCUUUUAUUGCUCUACAGUUCCUCAGCAGUUUGUCUCCUGUCCCUGCUGCGUUUAGCCCCCAGUUUAACCUCUUGCCUUUUGCUGUGUUAAUUACUUAGUUACUGGAUUUUUCCCAUCAGAGUUCAAUACCAAAGCUGCCACCAUUGUGCCCCUGAACAAGGCAUUUAACCCUGAGUUGCUCCAGGCGGACUGUCCCUGUAGUUAGUUCACUGUAAGUCGCUCUGGAUAAGAGCGUCUGCUAAAUGACCUGUAAUGUCAUGUAAUGUGAGUUGUCUCAGUCUAAAUGCAAACUUAUUUGAACAAGAUGAUUUUUAGAAUCACUGUCAAGAAGUGCCUUUCUGUAAAUCUGAUGUAGUCAUUAGGUAAGAAUUUGUUUUUUGAAUUGCUUAUUUGUUUCCAAAUGUAUCAUUUACAUUUAAACUAAAAAACUCCUUUAAAAUUGUAAGAAUAUUCACAGCCAGUACUAUUGUCUUAAUAUCUGCAUGUAAAGAUGGUUGACUUCACACAUUUACUGGUAGGUUGAUGAUUUGUUAGUUAAGUGUGAAACUGUCGCUGAAAUUAGCCGAGCCGAGUUCUGCUGUGGUUGUACAGUAUGACUUGCAUACCACAGACUGGCACAAGCUUUUCCCCUAACCAUUUAUUAAUUUAUUUUAAGGAAAUGAAAAUCUGCAGAAUCAUUUCAAGAUAAGAAACGUCUAUUCUUGAUAUAUAAAAUCUAUAUAUAGUAAAGGUUUAAAUCUGUAUAUUGUAUUUGUCCCUAUCAAAUAAACAUGAAAUGAAAUGAAAAGUAGUAUCCCUGGGAAGUUAACCAUUAUCUUGAAGGUACCUGUCAGAUCGUUAAUAUUGUUGAACCGUCAGGUGAACAUUAGGCCUACAUUUCCCUGGAUUAAUGGGUUGAUUACUAGAGUAAGGAGCAUAUUCAGGAAGCAUUACACCAAAAAUUUGAAUUUAUUUUGAAUCGCUUCACAAUCGUCCCUAGGGCCUCUUUAACUCCCAGCUGCUGAACAUUGCAUUAAUCUAUCAAUUCUAAUUUGUCAACAUCAAAGAUAUAAUUUACUGAUUCUCCCUGGUCCACUCUCUGGUCCCCCAUUCGUUCACUAAUUAAUUGGCUAUCAAUUUCCAGUUUCAACGGGUUAUGUAAUAUAAAACUAAACUGAUUUCUGGUAGCCAAAGUCGAAUUCAUUAUUAAUUUAGGCAUUAACGCCACAGGUAAAAGAGGCUUCAUUACAUUUGCAAUGAAAGCCUUCUUUGUUCAACAAUUGUUUAAUGUCUCAUUCCUGCUGCCUGUUGUAGGCAUUACUCAUCAUGUUCAUUAUUUUGUAAUUAACAUUUGGUGAUGUUUUUUGUAUCAUCUUAAAGUCUUGAAUGUCUCUUGAAUUACACUGGAAACAAUUAAAUGUAUACGUUUUAAAA